CCCACUCUUCUAGUAGUGAUCUGUCUGUGCGUGUUUGCGUGUUUGCGUCUUGGAGCUGGAAUUUGGGGAGUGGAAAUGCCACUGUUACUUUCACAGUUGGCGUCAAGUCGAAUGAGAGUGACCCUCUGACAUUCUACUGUGUCGGUCAGACAGCGCGCAUCGGAAAAGGGCCGAACCGUUACCGAACGAACGCAGUCAAAAGGAAUAGGAAUUUGGGGAUUUUAGACGGGGUAGUAGUGAGUGUAUGAGAUAUUAUUGAAUCUUUUAAGUUUUUUAUUCCACUUUUGAUAUUCAAUUAUCAGUUAUCGAUUGAUAGCCUAACUGUUGGGGCACUUAGGCGUCUGGAUUUUCGGAAUCAACAAUUGUUUUCUGCGUUUGGAUUAUUAUAAUUAUUAUUUUCCUGGGAAAUGGCAAGUUCUUAUUCUGCGAGAGAAACACGACUUUCCGAGGAAAGAGGAAACAGCAGCUGAAUAGGCUACUAAAGGAUGCUGGCGACCUGAAGCUGUCAGACGAAUUUCUCCUACAUUUCCGAGACAUUUGUUAUUUUGCUUUGAGGACUAUAAAACGGUGGAAAUAUCAGUUUCUUUUUUCUUUUCUUUUUUCUUUUUUUUUUUUUUACAGAUUUGUGUAUUUUACAGUCCAAUGAUGUAUUGUGGAUUUAUACUGUUAUUUUCAACCCAACUCAUUGUUGUGGCUUCAUUGAUUCAAAGCGUUGCAGAUAAAUGUGGAGAUAACAUUGAGAUAACCAAUGCAGAUUAUCUCACCUCGGCUGGCUACCCGACCUCAUACCCUCCAUCACAACAAUGUAUGUGGGUGAUAUCGGCCCCAGAACCGGGCCAGAAGAUACUCAUCAACUUUAACCCUCAUUUUGAUCUGGAGGACCGAGAAUGCAAGUAUGACUAUGUGGAGGUGUUUAACGGUGGGGACGAGAAGGCUCCAACCCUGGGGAAGUUCUGUGGGAAGAUCGCCCCCUCCCCUAUCAUCUCAAGUGGCAGCCAGCUUCUCAUCAAGUUUGUGUCCGACUACGAAACCCACGGGGCUGGAUUCUCUGUACGUUACGAGGUCUUCAAGACAGGGCCUGAGUGCUCCAGAAACUUCACCUCGUCCAAGGGCGUUAUAAAGACGCCAGGCUUCCCAGACAAGUACCCCAACAACCUGGACUGCACCUUCAUGAUCAUCGCCCCCAAGAUGUCCGAGAUCGUGGUGGACUUCGAUGCGUUCGACAUGGAGCCUGACACCACCCCUCCACCCGGGGCACUGUGUCGCUACGACUGGCUGGAGAUCUGGGACGGGUUCCCUGCAGUGGGUCCCCACAUCGGGCGGUACUGUGGUAACAGCAGUCCUGGACGGGUCAUCUCCUACACAGGGAUCCUGUCUAUGACCAUCAACACUGACAACGCCAUCGCCAGAGAGGGCUUCUCAGCCAAUUACACUGUCAGAGAGAAGAGCCUGCCACAGGGACAGACACCAGAGGACUUUAAGUGUGUGGAGGGCCUGGGGAUGGAGUCAGGGGAGAUCACCUCGGAUCAGAUCACUGCCUCCUCUCAGUACAACUCUAACUGGUCUCCGGAGCGCUCCAGACUCAACUACAAAGAGAAUGGCUGGACCCCCUCUGAAGACUCCAGCAGAGAGUGGAUUCAGGUGGACCUGGGAUUCCUCCGCUUUGUCUCAGCCGUGGGAACACAGGGCGCCAUCUCCAAGGAAACCAAGAAGGAGUACUUUGUCCGCUCCUACAAAGUGGAUGUGAGCUCCAAUGGAGAGGAUUGGGUCACAAUAAAGGAGGGCUCAAAGCAGAAGACUUUCCAGGGGAACCACAACCCUACAGAUGUGGCCAGGUCGUUCCUGCCCAAGCAGACCCUGGCGCGAUACGUCCGCAUCAGACCCAUGUCCUGGGAGAUAGGCAUAUGCAUGCGCUUCGAGGUUUAUGGCUGCAAGACCUCAGACUACCCCUGUUCAGGCAUGCUGGGGAUGGUCUCCGGACAGAUCUCAGACGCCCAGGUCACUGCGUCGUCGCACGCCGAGCGUGGCUGGGUACCGGAGAACGCCAGAUUGCUGACAGGGAGGUCGGGAUGGACCCAGCAACAGACCAGACAGCCCUUCAGGAACGAGUGGCUGCAGGUGGACCUGGGCCAGGACAAGCUGGUCAGCGGCCUGGUUAUCCAGGGAGGACACCACAGAGACAAGAAUGUGUUCAUGAAGAGGUUCAAGGUGGGUUACAGCAGCAACGGCUCUGACUGGACCAUGGUGAAUGAAGACAACGACGCCAAGCCUAGGAUCUUCAUUGGGAACCAGAACCAUGACACCCCAGAGCUGCGUACGCUGGGCCCUCUGCUGACUCGCUUCCUCAGGGUUUACCCAGAGAGAGCCACCCCCGAGGGCCUGGGCCUCAGACUGGAGCUGCUGGGCUGUGAGAUCCAGGAACCCACAACUCUCCCACCAACCACGCCUGUAGCGAUCACGUUUGCUGAAACCACGUUCGCUGCCACCACGACCGCGUCUGUGACCACGCCCGCACCGACGUCAGAAGAGUGUGACGACGAGCAGGCCAGCUGUCACAGUGGAACAGGAACAGGAACAGGAGGGGAGGACUACGACACAACAGGUGACACCACAGUGGCAGACCCUAUCAUGGAGGGAGACCGCAUACCAGAGUACCUGUGGUUUGCGUGUGACUUUGGCUGGGCGGACAACCCAUCGUUCUGCGGCUGGACACUGGAGACGGAUGCUGGUGCUGGGUGGAUGAUUCAGACCAGCGGGGCCCCUACAGUCCACAAAGGACCCAACCUAGAUCACACAGGAGGUCCAGGAAAUUUCAUCUACAUGCAGCUGGCUGCUGAGACCGAAAGGAAGGAGAAGGAGGCAAAAGAGGAGAGGAUGGAGGAGAGGGUGGCACGCCUAGCCAGCCUGCCCGUCACCGCCCCUGACGCAGACCUGUGUGUGUCCUUCUGGUACCACAUGUUCGGGGAGCACGCUGGCACCCUGCACAUCAAACAGAGCAGGGAGACAGAGGAGGGACGGGCUGAGGCACUGCUCUGGACUGUCAGUGGACACCAGGGCAGCCGAUGGAGGGAGGGACGAGUGCUGGUGCCCCACUCUAACAAACCCUAUAAGGUGGUGAUUGAGGGAGUGGGAGACAGGAGCACAGGACAUAUCGCGCUGGACAAUAUCAAGAUCCUGGAUGGACUCACAACAGAGGAGUGUAAGGAUCCAGAUAUACCAGAGGCUCCUACGUCCCAGCCAACAGAGAUCUGCAUAUUCCCAAUAGACCCGUACUACCCAGCGGUAGUGGAGAACAGCGAGCUGGGUGGCCCAGGCAACAUGCUGAAAACCCUGGACCCCAUCCUCAUCACCAUCAUCGCUAUGAGCGCUCUGGGGGUCUUGCUGGGGGCUAUCUGUGGUGUCGUCCUUUACUGUGCCUGCUCACACGGCCACAUGUCCGACAGCAGGAACUUGUCCGCUCUGGAGAACUAUAACUUUGAGCUGGUGGACGGAGUCAAGCUAAAGAAGGACAGCAAGCUGAAUGCACAGAACAGCUACUCAGAGGCGUAAGCUAAAGGCGUGAGCUUCCUCUGAGGGAAGGGAGCACAAGCAGCCUCAUAGCUGGAGGAACUAGACCACCGGACGGAGGGUUGGGACCCAAACGGCACCGUAUUCCAUAUAUACUGCACUAUGUAGGGGAUAGGGUGCCCUGUAGUGCACUAUGUAGGGGAUAGGGUGCCAUUUUGGACGCAGUCAGCCGUAGAGAUGGUAGGAGGUUGUGACCGAGUCAUGAUAUUCUCAGGAGCUGCAGUGAAAGGAAUUUACCAGUAGGGGGCACUGUGUAUAAAGAAAAUGUGUACAGCAAAAAGGAUGAUUUAGUUUUUGGGAUGUUUUGUGACGUGCUUUGUUUUUAUGUAAUCAUGCUGGUGUUGAGACCAAUUAAUAUGAAAGUAUUUAUCAUGUUUUUGUUAUUUUUCUUCUGAAAAUAUAUGAUUUUUCAUUUUUCUUCUGAAGUCAAUACUGUUUCACAGAAAGAAAGAGCAUAAAAACUUUGAUUCACUAUCCUGACGUGCGGCUGGCUAUUCAGCUGGCCAUGUUAUGUUUCUGUUGUAUGUCUGCAUCGAUUUGUGCAUUUUGUGUGAGUAUAUGUGCUUGUGUGUGUGUGCUUGUGUGCUUGUGCUUGUGUGCGUGUGUGUGUGUGUGUGUGUGCGUGUGCGUGUGUGUGCGUGUGUGUGUGUGUGUGUGUGUGUGCGUGCGCGUGCGCGUGUGUGCGUGCGCGUGUGCGUGUGUGUCCAGAGGGGUGCUUGCCCUGGCCCUAGACCUGUGUCUAGUUCCGACAGUGCCUUUUGAAAGUUUGUGUUGCCUUUUCUCUACUGAUUCUGUUCAUAGCAGUAGGCAUAGGCAUCCACUGGUAGAGUCUGAUUCUGUUCUGAUCACAGCAGUACAUAGGCAUCCACUGGUAGAGUCUGAUUCUGUUCUGUACAUAAUUAUGUAUAAGCAUCGGCUGGUAGAGUCUGAUUCUGUUCUGAUCAUAAGAGUGCGUAGCCAUCGGCUGGUAGAGUCUGAUUGGCAGGACUUCAUGCCAUCCCCAUAGUACAUGACACAUCCAACUUAUUGUACAUAGGUUUUAAUAUAUUUGAGCGGCCUUUUAUAUAAAAAAAAAAUACAAACUGCUGCAGUAUCCUUUCUUUGUGCUCUCUGUAUCAUAGGUGAUGUUGUCUGGAUGUCAUCAUGUAUUUAAUGGGUAUUUUGUGUUGUUAUGUUCCAUUGGUGCUCUCACAAUGCUGCCUGGAAAAAGAGUGCGUUAUUAUGGCCAAUGGUUAUGUUCGCUACAAGAAGAGAGUGAGGAGCCCAUCGGCUGUCUGAAAUGACACCCUAUUCCCUGAUCAAUAGUAGUGCACUAUAUAGGGAAUAGUGUGGCAUUUGGGACGCAACCAGACGACAGACUGGAGGGGGUGAAGCAUCUCUAGGAGAGAAAAAAAUGUAUGCCACUGCUAUGACAAUACUUGGGCCAGUUUCCCAGACACAGAUUAAGAAUCUCUUUGAGAAUGCUUUUUAGUCCUGGACAAGGCUUAAUUUGGGUUCUGGGGAACUGGCCCUACAUGUCUAUGGUAGAAUGAUGGACCUUGCUGGAAUGAAAGAUACUCUUCUGCCAUGCUGUUUUCAUGUACUGUAGCUUACAUCCUAUGUGCUCUCCUUUUGUCUGUAUUGAACGCUAACGUAAAGAGUUCAUGAAAAACGAUGUACUAUAUAAAACAGCGAAAACAUGGAUCCAAGGUUCAAUAAAUGGAUGUAAUAUAGCUAUACCGUUUAUUCCUUCAGCCGGGGUCUAUUUGAGCUUCUAUGUUUCGCCUCUGUCAUGUUUCCUUCAUUCAGGGAACCUAGUUAGACAGAUGCUUCAUGGUUCUGCUUUGAGCUCUUAAUGGUAUUCCAUAUUCCAUAGGAUUAGAAUCAUUCGAAUUAGAAUGAGUCAUUCCUGUUUCUAUGGUUCCACCACUCAAAAAUGUAAGGGCCUAAUGUUUUGGUGUGGUCCUCUUCAAUAGGAAAGGAUGCUGCAGCACUAGAUGUGAAAACAAUGUUGCACUGAUAUAUUUAAAAGAUCUUUGUGUUGUUUAUGAUAUUGUUUUGUGAAAAAAAGAGAGAGAGAAAGCGAGAGAAGGAUAAGACAGUGUUACAGAUAACUAUUUUAUAUGGUUUCAGAUGACAUGAUAUAAUUCUGAAAUGUACAAUUAUGGAGAUGUUUUUCAUUAUUGAAAAAGCUAUACACGUCUCUUUACUUACGUAAUGUUUAUAUUUAGUUGGUAUGUUAUAUCACCUUGUGUUUUUGUACUGUCACAAAUGUCUGUGCCAUUUUUUUCUACAAAAUGUUUUUUUUUUUCAAUACUGCUAAAUGUAAUUUGCCAUCCCAGAUAUAAAAAAAAGAAAAGAAAAAAUGAUUAAGCAGUUAAGGCCUUAUUGACUGAGGUAAUUAUGUUUCUAUACUUGGACCCAAAUGUCCGCAUUCCCUAUACUGUGCAAUACCUUUGUCCAGGGCCCAUAGGGCUCUAGUCAAAAGUAGUGCACUAUGUAGGGAAUAUGGUGCCAUUUGACUCCCUGGUCAGCUUCAAUACCUAUGUUGUCUCUGACUGAUCAAUGACUACUACAUUCCAAAGAAUUGGAUCAAAUAAAUGUUUGAAUAAGA